AUGUCUAAUUCAGAUAGACUAAAACAUAAAGCAAAACUGCAAAGCUCAGUUUCAUCAGCAGUGUUGGAACAGCCAGCAGAUCUAUCUACACCAGCAUCUCUUCGAUCAUCACUUCUUAUCUCUUCAUCUUUUUCUCUUUCACCAACACAUGAAUCUGGUUUUAACGUUGUUUCAAAUUCAGAAGAUAACAAUCAUAACACUAACCAGAGGGAAUCAAUCUCUAAUGCUGAUGUAUUAGAUCCGAAUUUGUCCUUUCUAUAUUAUUUGGAGACAGCUGAACAAAUAAAAGAUCAAGACGAAUUUGUUGAGCGACAAACAUCCUCUCAUUUGGGUGAGUUAAAUACUAGUGUGUCUGCACUAAAAUAUUUAAAUGAUAAUACCCCUAUAUCAGAUUCUUGGCACAACGUAGAGAAGAAUGAACUAUUUGAAGAUAAGGUCAAAUUUAAUUUCAAUCCAGGUCAUUACAAAAAUAAUAAUAGUAAUAAUAAUGAUAAUGUGGGCAUUUUGUCUUCUACUGAUACAUCCUCUGAAGAAGAAUCACAACGCGAAUUAUCUAUUCCUUCAUUGUUGACAGUCUCUAAUUUAAAUGAGGAAAGGGUUUUUUCACACAUAGUUUCACAUCAAGAAAUUAGCUUCUCCGCAGCGAGUCUGCCUCACCCAACAAAUGUGGUAAAUAUAAGUGAUAACAACAUUCAAGACAUCAUUAUUGAUGAAGAUUUAAAUUUAAAUAAUAUUGUUACAAAAAGUUUGAGUUCAAGUUCAAAUUCUUUUAUAAUGCCAAAAUUAUCAUUUAAGAAUAAAACAAGUUCAUUAACAUUAAAAUUUAACAAACGAUAUGAUAAAAAACACUAUAUUCUUAUCUCAGGUAGACACGGUUUACAUUUUUUUAAGUCUAUUCCCAUGGAAUAUCAACAAUUUUUCCAAUUACCAACUAGUCACGAUCCAAAGGAUUUUGAACAGUAUUAUGGACUCAUAAUUAUUGUGAAAGAGUUGAGAGAAUUAAUCACGUUACUAAAUAGAGUCUCAAAACUUGAUGGUGGCGGUCCACCUUUAAUAGUUCUGUAUCAUAAUGAUCAAAGAGUACAAGUUAAGAAUAUCAUCAAGUCAUUUCUAAGGAAACAAUUGAUUUCAUUAUAUUAUCCACCUAUUGAUAUCAAUAAUGAAAAAGAAUUGAAUAACUUAUUUCAUGUGAUUAAGCUGUCAUUAUCUAAUGAAAAACAAACAGAGAUAAAUUUAGGGGAAAUGCAGUCACUUAAUGAGCAAGAUUCAUAUGAUUUAUCCCUAUCAAGUGCAUUGUCAUCAUCUUUUGAAAGUCAGGAUAAUUUUAAUAAUGGAUUAAAGAAAAGAAGGAAACGGAAGAGACAAGGACCUGAGGAAAUAACUAGAAGAGCUAAUAUAUCUAAGAAAGAAAAAAGCUGUAGUAUAAAUAAUAAUAUUAGUAAAAAAGGUAUAAAAAAUGAACGAAAACAAUGGUUUAAUUAUAUCUCCACUAAAUGGAUUAUUUGGGGAAUAUCAAUUUCAGCCGGUAUUAGUGCAGCAUAUUAUAUUAAACAUAGUUAUAAUAUUAAUAAAGACACGUUUCCAUUUAUCAGAGUUAUUUUAGAUGCAGAAUUUUUUAAGAAGUUAAAGAAAACUUCAUUAACAAAAAUUGUUGGUUCACUAUUCCCGACCGCCAAACCACAGAGUAUGGAACAACAGGAAUACCCUAUUACAUCAACAUCAGUUAGUAAUACUAAUUCUACAAGCAUUAGGGACACAUUGAAGCCUGUGUUAAACUACUGUUUUAAUUUCAUAAAGUAUCCAUUAAUAAAAGUAAACAAUUUUAUUAGAAACACUAUUGUAGCCACAAAAAAAUGUUAUAAUGUUCCUUUAGAAAAAUUUAGUAAGAUCGAUAAUUGGAAUGUUGACGAUUCUAACAAUUUUAUUACAUUAAGUUAUAUUACCAUUUAG